AUUCCGAAAUGAGUAACCAGUAUGGAACGAACAAAAACCCACCUUGGGCUCGUCAAGAAUUUAGUAACCAAAAUGCUGGCAUUAUCCCUUCCAACGUCAGCUAUCCGUAUAACCAUGCUCAGACACAAUUUGCGCAGCAGCAGUUGGCUGCUACUGGGGCGAACCUUCAAGGAAACCCAGCUGGAAAUAUGCUAUCUCAGCCUGGGCUGGCACUCCCUUCUUCAUUAGCUGGCAAUGCCUCACAGGUUGGCACUGUGAGCUACCCAAUCAAAGCUCAGAGCAGUGCUGCUGCAGUCACAAACCAGAAGCCCAGGCAGCGAAUAUUUACUGGCGGCGUCACCAAGAUGCAUGAGAAUUUUGGAUUUGUAGAUGAAGAGGUCUUUUUCCAAGUGAGCUGUGUGAAAGGAAGUAUCCCUAAAGUUGGAGACCGGGUUCUUGUUGAAGCUUCCUACAACGCCAGCAUGCCUUUCAAGUGGAAUGCUACAAGAGUGAUAUCAUUGUCAGAGGCGAUGGGAAACUCACAGAUUAUGGCACUGCAACAACAACAACAGCAGCAGCAACAACAGCAGCAACAACAGCAACAGCAGCAACAACAGCAGCAGUUAAAAGCAAUUCAACAGCAAGCAAUCGGGCUGAUGGGGGCCUCUGGUCUGAUGGGAGGUCUCGGAGCGGGGGCCUUGUCUGGCGGCCAGGGCCUGUUGAGCAAUCCUCCAGGGCCACCGCCUCUCAUGGGCGGACUCAACAAGUUCCAGGGUGGAAACAUGUUCAAUUCUGGGACUCGCUCUGGCAUCAACACUGGACCUGGUCUGUUGGGUGACCCGGGCCCGAGAGCCUUGCUAGCAGCUGCGGCCAAGGAGAGAGGAAUUGGUGUGAGUGGAGGAGGAGGGUUGGGUGUCAACGACAGUCAGAAGGAUCGGGACAGGCGAGACCGGGACAGACGUGACCGACGCGAUGUGAGACGCAAGAGGUCAAGAUCACCAGCCAAGAGGUCGCGGUCGCCUCCGCCCCGAGCUCGCUCCCCUCCCAAGAGACGAGUUGUCAGGCCUCCGCCCAGAUAUGUUGUUCAAGUGCCCAAAAUCCAGUUGGAUGUACAAGAUGCAAAUGUGAUAUCCUUGAAAAGCAAGUACUCAAACCUCUAUGUCCCAAGUGACUUCUUCCAUGCCUCAUAUUCCUGGGUUGAGAAUUUUCCACUGACUCGGCCCUUCUCUCUGGGGCAGGCCUGUAACUAUCACAUCAUGCACAAGGACGUCCAGCAGAUCAAAGAAGAUGCUGCUGUCCUCGAGCCACAUGAUGCUGACCACUUGUUUAGUGCCAAGGUCAUGCUCUUAGCUAGUCCACCCGAGGAAGAGCUGUACAGGAAGUCCUGCUGCCUGGCUGAGGAUCUGCCUGAUGCCAUGGACAACUUUCAACACCCAACACGCCUCAUUCAGUUCCUGGUGGGCACUAGGGGCAAGAACGAACCAAUGGCCAUUGGAGGGCCGUGGUCUCCGUCUCUGGACGGUCCUAAUCCGCACGCCAAUCCGUUGGUGUUGAUCAAAACAGCCGUGCGGACCACCAAGGCUCUUACAGGGAUUGAUCUCAGUUCCUGCACGCAAUGGUACCGCUUUGCAGAGAUCCGGUACUUCCGCCCUGAGAGUAAGCACAAGGACCGGGUCCAGCCGGCCCGUGUGGAAACUGUGGUACUUUUCUUACCAGACGUUUGGACGUGCAACCCAACUCGUCUGGAGUGGGAUUCCCUCCAGGCAGCCUAUCAGAAGCAGUUGCAGAUGAAGCUGAACCCUGAGGCCACUGCCCAGCAACAGGAAGAAGACGAGGAAAAUGAGGAUGAGAAAACAGAGGGAAAGCCAGAACCGUCUCACUAUUCUUCUCUUGAUCCAAAAACGAUGAAGGUCGGCGACCUACGUCAUGAACUGGAGUUGCGCAGCAUCAGCCCGAAAGGCCUGAAGUCACAACUGGUAGCUCGCCUGACCAAGGCGUUGAAGGCAGAGGAGGAGAAAGAGCAGGAGAACAGGGAGUCAGAGGCAGAGAAAGCUGCUGAGGAGGAGGCUGCUAAGGAAGAGGAAGAAAUGGACAAAUCAGAGGGAGAAGAGGAAAAGAGUGAGAGCAAGAGGAUAGAGGAAGAAGAGCAGCAGAGGAAAGAGAAACGUGAGCGUGCUGUGCUGGAGCGUCGGUACAAACUUCCUGAGUGUCCUUCCAUUAUUGUUCACCCCUCGGCCACAGCGAAGGGGGGAAAGUUUGACUGUGCACUCAUGUCUCUCAGUGUGCUGCUUGACUACAGACCUGAGGACAAUAAGGAACAUUCAUUUGAAGUGUCCCUGUUUGCUGAACUGUUCAAUGAAAUGUUAAUGAGGGACUUUGGAUUUCAAAUCUACAAAUGUGUCGCUAGUGCUCCUCCAAAGAAGGAAGAGGAAAAAAAGAAGGAUGAACGGAAAGAUAAGGAAAAAGAAAAGGAUGAUAAGAGGGAGAGAGAGGAUCGCAAAGAUAAAGAUGAGAAGAAAGACAGGGAAAAGAAGGAAAAAGAAGACAAAAAGAGGACGGACGAACCAAGCCCUAAAAGAAAGAAAUCCCUAGAUAAGGAUGAAAAAGAGGAGAAAAAAGAAAAAGACGAGGCUAUGGAUGAGGACAGCACCAAUGGGGACAAAGAUGAAGAGACAGAUGACAGAGAUGAUGAAGACAAGAAAGAUCGAGAUGACAAGAAAAAAAAGAAAGAGGAGGAUCGUACGAAGACCACCAACCCGUCCCUGCUGCUGGCUUUCUCAUACUUUGACCAGAACCACUGUGGCUACCUCACAGACAAAGACACUGAAGAGAUUAUCCACACCUUAGGUCUGAAGCUGUCAAGGGCACAGGUGAAGAAAAUCCUGCUGAAAGUGUUGGCGCGAGAUGUGUUCAAGUACCGCAAGCUGACAGAUCAGAAUGUGGAUGAGAAUGGAGUGCCCAUGGAAACAGAACAGGAAGAGGCAGUUUCCAAACCAGACCCAGAGCAACUGGCCAGAGGUAACAAAGAAAGUUUGCGUAAACUCUUGCAACUUUCUGGAGUAAAGACGGAAACGGCUUCCUCAUACAGCGCAGUCUAUGAGUCCAUCAAAGAGGAGAAUCCCAAUUUUGUCUACUACAAGGGCUCAUUUUUGGAUAUAGAAUCUCUGAUGCAAAGACUUGAAAGGAGCGAGAAAUCAAGAACUGCUUUAGAGAAAAAUCUGACUGAUCUGACCGAGGAGCUCAAGGGAACUAAAGACAAUCUCCAAGAGCUGACAAGUCAGUCCUCCAAGCUACAGCAGGACUUGCGUUCUGUUCGUUCGGACCUUGACCACGAGAGAAAGUUGAGUCACUCUGCAGAAGCUCUCAACAAAGAUUGGCACAGGGCUGCAGAGCUUACAAAGUCACAGAUGCAGGGGGCAUUGAACAGCCUUACUGCAAUGUUGAACAAGGACGUAAAGAAAGAAAAGAAUGACGGACACAAGAAAGAGGCAAAAGAGGAAAAGGAAAGUAGGAGUGAGAAGCAGCAGCAUGGAGAUUUGAAAGAGGAGACUGUUGGCGAGAAUUGAUCAUUGUUUUUUUUUGUUUAUGAUUGAAUGACUGCUGACUGCUUAGGUGUUUAUGAAAGUGUUGUUUGUUUUUCACGCUUUGAAUAGAGUUCAAAGUCAUAGUGCGGGUAACAAUUGUUGUGACUAUGGUUGAACAAUGUUACGAAGUUGAAUUUAUUCUUGUUGCUGUGUUUUAUUAUGUUGAUGGUGGCAAAUCAUCAGCAAGCUGUUUUAAUUGUUCUAAGCCCAGAAAGCAAAAUUUUUCAGAAGAGAGAAAAAAACCCAACUUUUCAUUCUUUAAAAAAUUGUACAUAAAUUAUGCGUCUUUUCCUGCUUUUUUUUACAGCUUGAAGAAUUCGGGUUUCAACAAAAUAUUUCUAGAGCACAUGCAAGCAAUGCCACUGAUUAAGAAACUGCAAUAAUUUUUUUUUUAAUUUUUGGGCAAAGUACAUCUGAACAGCUAGCCGAGGAAAUGUUACUGUGUAAGCUUGUGUACUGGACUGAAUGCCCUUCUUGGUCUUUUGUUCCCUCCAACCCCCCUCAUGUAGCCCAAUCCCAUCCUUGACUAAGACAUAAAAGCAGACACAGCUUGUACUUGUAAUAGUACAUGUAUGUAGUGCACAAUUUAUUUUUUUAAAGAUGGCAAUAAAGCCUGAUAUUCUCAAGAAUAUUGUGUCGGAGUUACUUAGUUCUUUCUCAUGAGGUACGUAGUAUAUUGUAUAGAACCUCCAUUGCUAUCACUCCGGAGGUUUGCUGUCAGAUAUCAGUGUCCUGGUGUCUUUACUUUAUGGGGGUCUCAUUGAAAACUUUUAACUAGAUUUUGUCUAAGCUUUGGCUGUUAUUUCUUAAUCGACCCAUUCCAUUCCAUUUAUUUUUUUUGCCUAUAGCUGGUAAUACAUUUUUUGCUUUUUUAUGAGGCAGUAUAAAAUCUCCCAAGGUACACAUUAGAACUGUUUGCUUUGCUCCUGCUUUUGUAAUUUGUUUUUUGUUAGACAGCAUGCCCCAAGGAAAGAAGAAAAGAAAAUACAGUUGAACCUUCUCCACUGAUCACCUGUCCAAGACAAUCACCUGUAUAAAUGACCACUUCCCACUCCGCCCUUGUGGUUUUUUAAAAUGUACUAUUAUGACACUGUCCAUGAAAACCACAUAGAUAAUUGCUUUUCUACUUGACAAUGGGUAGUCGGUGUGGACAGGUUCAACUGUAAUUGAGUAAGCACAUUAAUUUUAGGUGCAAGGAAUGAGAGAGUCCCAACAAACGGAUAAAAAAUUGAAGAGGGAUACAAUAAUAAAGUUUAGUUUCUUAAUCCAGACCUACCGACCACUCUGUGACUAAAAAUAAGAGUUUUCAUCUGAAUUCUCUUUUAAAAAUUUGGAGUUUGGGGGGUCUCUACAACCCCGGUGAAUUAAGAUUUCACCAUGAACUGACCAUGGAAAUAUAUGUAAAUACAAGUAAAAAUGUGUAUUUUCACCUCAUUUACUGUAAGUUACAUACACUUGAUGGCAACAAAAUGCUAGUAAAAAAUAGGAUUUUGCUUAAAUCCAAACAGGGUUCUUUGAUGAUCAAAGAAAACAAAAUCGGAGAGCUCUGAUUUCAUUAGAGCGAGUACUUGGCAGGUCUGUGAAUCCCAUGAAAAAUGUAGUCACCCUUGUACUUUUUGACUACCCAUUUAAACCGAAGCACUGCUUGCGCUAUUAUCAGCUUCAUACUUAGUUGCCAAUAUAAUAAACCCAAUUAGCUUUUUUGCAUUUUCCACAUCAAACUCACCCUUUUGGUUUUUACUUUAGUGAAAGAAGUGCACCUAGCAUAGUUAUAGAAUGAUUUAUGCUUAAAUUGGGCAGCAAGAUUUGCGUCUUGGGAGUGUUUUUGUGUGUCUUUCCUUAGCAAAUCAUUGAAUUGUUUGUCAAGUUCCUCUUCUCUCUUGUGUCGUUUGCUGUGGUGGGGAUUGUGGAUGAUAUUGGAUAAUCUACUAUGCUUGUACAUGUAUACUUGUUUGUCAUUGAAUUUGCUGUAAAUAAAAGAACAUGUUCUUAGUUGUUA